AGAGAGGUGAACAUCUCCAGGGGCAGCUGGACUGGCGGUUCCCAGAGCCCUGGAUCCCGACGUGCGCAGAAGCGUCUCUCGGAGCUCCUUUCCUGCCUAUUCCUCGUCCUCCUCCUGGGCUGGGCCGCACCCGGUGCGGCCCCUGAGGCUCCUGGCACGGCCCCGCGCUCAGCUGCCGCCCUGGCGCGCGCCACUCUGUCGUCCCCAGACGGGCACGGACCGGCUCGGCCCGGACGCCGGCGACUGGGGAGGGGGCGCUGGUCCCGGGGCCGCGCAUGCGCUGCCGCCAGCCUGGGGCUGUCAGUGGAGGGCGAGUGCUGGCUCCGAGGGGAGGCGACGCCCUUUGGGGCCAACGGGCCGCACUCAGAGACGGCCGUGGGAACGACUCAUCCUUUUUCCAACCCUGGGGCGGGGCUGGGGUCGGGGUCGGGGCCAGUAGGGGCCCCACCCCCGUCCCCUGGCCUGCCCCCUUCAUGGGCCGCGAUAAUGGCGGCCCUGUACCCGAGCACGGACUUAUCGGGCGCCUCCUCCUCCUCCCUGCCUUCCUCUCCAUCUUCCUCUUCGUCGCCGAACGAGGUGAUGGCGCUGAAGGAUAUGCGAGAGGUGAAGGAGGAGAACACCUUGAAUGAGAAGCUUUUCUUGCUGGCGUGCGACAAGGGUGACUAUUAUAUGGUUAAAAAGAUUUUGGAGGAAAACAGUUCAGGUGACUUGAACAUAAAUUGCGUAGAUGUGCUUGGGAGAAAUGCUGUUACCAUAACUAUUGAAAACGAAAACUUGGAUAUACUGCAGCUUCUUUUGGACUACGGCUGUCAGUCCACAGAUGCACUUUUGGUGGCAAUCGACUCUGAAGUAGUGGGAGCUGUUGAUAUACUACUUAAUCAUCGACCAAAACGAUCAUCAAGACCAACUAUAGUAAAACUAAUGGAGCGAAUUCAGAAUCCUGAAUAUUCAACAACAAUGGAUGUUGCACCUGUCAUUUUAGCUGCUCAUCGUAACAACUAUGAAAUUCUUACAAUGCUGUUAAAGCAAGAUGUAUCUCUUCCCAAACCCCAUGCAGUUGGUUGUGAGUGCACAUUAUGUUCUGCAAAAAACAAAAAGGACAGCCUCCGACAUUCCAGGUUUCGUCUUGAUAUAUAUCGAUGUUUGGCCAGUCCAGCUCUAAUAAUGUUAACAGAGGAGGAUCCAAUUCUGAGAGCAUUUGAACUUAGUGCUGAUUUAAAAGAACUAAGCCUUGUGGAGGUAGAAUUCAGGAAUGAUUAUGAAGAAUUAGCACAGCAGUGUAAAAUGUUUGCUAAAGAUUUGCUUGCACAAGCUCGAAAUUCGCGUGAAUUGGAAGUUAUCCUCAACCAUACAUCUAGUGAUGAGCCACUUGACAAACGAGGAUUACUAGAAGAAAGAAUGAAUUUAAGUCGUCUAAAACUUGCUAUCAAAUAUAACCAAAAGGAGUUUGUCUCCCAGUCUAACUGCCAGCAGUUCCUGAACACUGUUUGGUUUGGACAGAUGUCAGGUUAUCGACGUAAGCCCACCUGUAAGAAGAUAAUGACUGUUUUGACAGUUGGCAUCUUUUGGCCAAUUUUGUCACUUUGUUAUUUGAUAGCUCCCAAAUCUCAACUUGGCAGAAUCAUUCACACUCCUUUUAUGAAAUUUAUUAUUCAUGGAGCAUCAUAUUUCACGUUCCUGCUGUUACUAAACCUAUACUCUCUUGUCUACAAUGAAGACAAGAAAAACACAAUGGGACCAGCCCUUGAAAGAAUAGACUACCUUCUUAUACUAUGGAUUAUUGGGAUGAUUUGGUCAGACAUUAAAAGACUCUGGUAUGAAGGACUGGAAGACUUCUUAGAAGAAUCUCGUAAUCAACUGAGUUUUGUCAUGAAUUCUCUUUAUUUGGCAACCUUUGCCCUCAAAGUGGUUGCUCAUAACAAGUUUCAUGAUUUUGCUGAUCGGAAGGACUGGGAUGCAUUCCAUCCUACACUGGUGGCAGAAGGGCUUUUUGCAUUUGCAAAUGUUCUGAGUUAUCUUCGUCUCUUUUUUAUGUAUACAACCAGCUCUAUCUUGGGUCCCUUACAGAUUUCAAUGGGACAGAUGUUACAAGAUUUUGGAAAAUUUCUUGGGAUGUUCCUUCUUGUUUUGUUUUCUUUCACAAUUGGAUUGACACAACUGUACGAUAAAGGCUAUACUCCAAAAGAACAGAAGGACUGUGUAGGCAUCUUCUGUGAACAACAAAGCAAUGAUACAUUCCAUUCGUUCAUUGGCACUUGCUUUGCCUUGUUCUGGUAUAUUUUCUCCUUAGCACAUGUGGCAAUCUUUGUCACAAGAUUUAGCUAUGGAGAAGAAUUGCAGUCCUUUGUUGGAGCUGUUAUUGUUGGUACAUAUAAUGUCGUGGUCGUGGUCGUGCUUACAAAACUGCUAGUGGCAAUGCUUCACAAAAGCUUUCAGUUGAUAGCGAAUCAUGAAGACAAAGAAUGGAAGUUUGCUCGAGCAAAGUUGUGGCUUAGCUACUUUGAUGACAAAUGUACAUUACCCCCACCUUUCAACAUCAUUCCUUCACCGAAGACUAUCUGCUAUAUGAUUAGUAGCCUCAGUAAGUGGAUUUGCUCUCAUACAUCAAAAGGCAGGGUCAAACGGCAAAACAGUUUAAAGGAAUGGAAAAAUUUGAAACAAAAAAGAGAUGAGAACUACCAAAAAGUGAUGUGUUGCUUAGUGCAUCGUUACUUGACUUCCAUGCGACAGAAGAUGCAAAGUACAGAUCAGGCAACUGUGGAAAAUCUAAAUGAACUGCGCCAAGAUCUGUCAAAAUUCCGAAAUGAAAUAAGGGAUUUACUUGGCUUUCGGACUUCUAAAUAUGCUAUGUUUUAUCCAAGAAAUUAACCAUUUUCUAAACCAUAUAGAGAAUAAUUUUCAAUAAUCAAUCUGAAUGAUUUGUUUGCAUAACUUGCAAUUAUAUUAAUAAGGUAUAUAUUAAAAUAAAGAAUAAAGUAAAAGCCAUUCUUUAAAAUAUUUAUAGCAUAAAUAUAUGUUAUAUAAAAUAUGUAUAUAGAAUUAGUUUUUUAAAACUGUUAAUGACUUUUUUACAGGAGCAAAAUAGUUUAGGUAGAUAAGUUUUGUUAGCAUGCUGCUUGGUUUUCUUAUUUGGACAGUGCUUUUAUAUUUUCUUUUUAUGUUUAAGAGGGGUAGUUAUAACUAUACACACUGCUCUGAAGGUUUUGUAAAAUGGAGAUCAGCAAAUGUGGGCUCAUUUCCUUCCAUAGGAUAUAGGAGAAAUAGAGAAGUUAUGGUUUCUUAAAUCUUUAUUUUAGGAGUUCACGUAUAGUUCAGUGUUUACUGUUUAGAAGGAUAGUUUUAUCUGAAAAAAUAGUCUAUUUUUUUUUCUUUCUUAUUUUGUUAUAAUCUUAAGCAGCAAAGAAAAAAAUCUAAGGAAUAUUUGAAUCUAUUUAUGUCUAUAAAUUUAAAUUCACUUCAAUUUUUGUUAUUAUAAUAUAUUUACUUUUACAUUGUUGAAAUCACUUUAUAUUUUAAAUUUUUCUCUUUUCACUUAAUAGUAUUUUAUAUAUACUUUUCCAUGUGUUAACAUAGACCACAUAUUUGAAUUUUUCUAGAAUUAUGUAGCUUUUGAAAUAUUUAGUUAGUAGAUGUUUUUAUUUUGUAUUUAUUGAUUAUGUUUAUAAGUUUACAUAGCCGCAUCUCUAAGGUUAGGUAUUUGGUUGCAUUUAAUUUUUCCUUACAUAAUAGUGUGAUUUUUUUUUUCCUUCAAAUUGGGGUGAAUGUCCAUGGAUAACAAAAAUAACACAACAUAAGAGUUUGGGAUAUAUUUGUUUAUCAUGUCUGACCACAACCUGUUUUAUUUUUGUAAACAUUGGACAGCCCUUUAAUGUAAGAACUUAUUUUGUAUUUGGACUAAUGUUCUUGAGCUUAUCUUCCAAAGUAUUUUCCACGGAAUUUAACAUAGCUUCUAUAUGAGUGACUUCAUGCCUCUUUUAGGAUCAUUCUUGCUACUUAAGAUGAAAAGCAUUUUUUUUAAGUAGGGAAUAAAAUAUGUAUUUAAAUUUUUUCACUGUUCACGGAAGGGAUGUAGUUUAAAAUUUUAGUAGGCUACUGCUGAUGUAUUCUUGCAGCAUUUCCUGUUAAGAGGAUGUUAUCUAAUCAUAUUACCUUAUCAUUGUCUUCUUAACUGAAUUUCAGAUAGUCUGAAGGCCACAGGGUGCAGGUAGCCCUUGGUCAAUAAGCACCAGUGAUCCAGGGAUCAUUGUGUAGAUAUGUUAGUAUUGUGUUUCAUCUUGCUUUUUUAUUUUUUGUUUUUUAAUUUCCAAAUAGUAAGUGUUCCCUCUUUUGGGCAAAUUCUAAUAAAAUUGUUUACUGUAAAAUUAUAUAUUUUGUCUACUAUGGGAUUAUGCACUUCCCAAUUGGGAUUUUACAUCAGGAUUUUUAGUCAUUCUAAAAAAUACCUAAUUAUUAAAUCAGAAUAUUUAUAGAGUGCCUACUGUAUGCAUGAGUUACUUAUAAGGUAUACUUUGAAUGACAGAAUAUUGUAAGAAAAAAAGUGAAUAAAAUGACAUUAGAUUAUAAAUUGACGAUAGUCUGUCC